UUCUUUGUUAGUUACUGUCAGUAUGUAUUUGAAAUUUAAUUUAUUUAACAUAUGCAUUCUUUGUUAACAGAUGAAUGAAGAAUUACUCUUGACAGUAACCACCAAAGGACAAGUUAUGGAUGAUAAUGCAGUGUCUAAUAUUAUACAAAUUCUGAGAUCAUUCGAUAACUUUGUAAUAGUUGUAGAAAAUCCAGUAUGGAUUAAGACUGCCAAGGCAGAAGAUAUAAAAAAUGGUUUUAAGUUAGGUUCCUUUAUCGAAAAAUCUUUGUCUAACUUUAGGAGCAGAAAUUUAGCUUCAGAUUUUUUUAUUGUAUUAAAUCAGUGGUGGAAGACAAAAAAACAUAGGACUAAAAUCUAUGGUGAAGAUUUCUUUCAGUUUGCUUGUGAUCGGUUACUUGCUAAAUUUUUUAUGUAUGAAGAUAUAUUGGAAGCCUCACUUGAAAUAGCAGUCAGGGUCUAUACGUCAAUAUUUCCAAAAAGACGUUUAAAAAAAUGUAUAAGUGAUCUUAUAUUGACAUCAAGUUCACAAAAGUCUAUGAGUGAUUUUACAAUAGCCAAUAUAACAGAUAACAUUGAGUUGAAAAAGUUGGAAUAUAGUUUAAUACUUAGCAAUUGGUGUAACGCUUUACAAACUGGUAGAGAAAUUGAUGUAAGAAAAGAAGUUGAAAAUAAGUUGUCGCUAUAUAAAAUAGAAUCUUCUUUGCAUCUGUUGAUAGGAAUACUAUCCUUAAGUACUGUUACAGAUUCUGAGAAACACAUUCAAAACAUUGUCUUGGAGAAUCUAUUACAAAAAAUGCUAGACAGAUGCUUACUAAGUAAAAGUUUUUGGUUGACAAUGUUUAAGAAAGUUGAUUUACUUUAUAUUUUAUAUAUUGGAAGUAUGAUGAAACAUGAGGAUGGUUUGUGGCAGAGUGAUGAAAAUGUGUCUUUAUGCCCAGAAAUUACUUAUCAGGAAAUUUUAGGUUUUAUUAAAAACAUUUAUGAUAUAAGUUGUUCUUCAAAACAUUUUGUUAAUCAGAAGUUAAAAGAAGCUCAAGAUAAUACAAAUUCAUAUAUUUGGAAAUAUAUAAAGCAAGAUUUGUAAAACACUUUUUUAAUCGUAAAAAAAUAUUCUUUAUGUUCUGUAUAUUUAAUUUUCAAUUUAUCAGAAUGUUAUAUUAUGUUAACAAUUAUUGUGUUUGGUUAUGCAUAUUUGUUUACACAAUUUUUUGUACAUAAGAAAGUCUAUUGAAAAUAUUAAAUUUUAUUUUUAAACAUUUGCU